AACAAGAGGAUUGUCGCCUAGGUUGACAAGGGAGCGAGUCUCCCGUUACAACUCGCGACUUUGCCAGUUGUGCCUCAAACCAAAGCGACAAGUCCAUUAUACUAGCAAAGUGCUAUCCAUAAUCAAAGGAGGGCAGGGCAACCGACAACAGGCAGCAUGAAUCUGCGUGGAGCAAAGAGGGAACUCAGUAUCGGGACUCCCGGGGGGCGGGGAGGGGGGCUGCUGUGCAUGGCCGUGUAAUAGCACCUCGCUUUUCUUGGUGAUCUUAUUUAGCAGCUUACCAUACAUACAAAUACACGCAUAUCUAAAAAUGCCUCGCUAUUUGCGGGUCAAGGACAUUCCGGAUAUCUUGACCGAGCUCAAAACUGGCGACGCCUUCUCGACGCCCUACCAGCUGGACGCUUGGCAGCAGAAAUGGUGCUACAUAACGGAUGAGAUUCAACAGGAUGCGGCAGUUCUGUCCUAUCGCUGGCGCAUCCGCGGCCGCGAUGAGAACAUCAAGGACUACCGCACCUGGCUCAAGGACUGCAAGGCCGAGGGCUACCGGGUGGCGGAGCUGAAGGACGGCCAGCGGCCCGUGCGCUGGGAGCUGGCGGACGGACACGCCCUGCAGAUUGAGGUGGCGGUGUGGCUGCUGUUCCUGCACACCCACUGCCUGGCCGAGUAUGUGUGGGUGGACCAGAUGUGUGUGCCGCAGGACGCCAGUGUGGAGGAGAAGAUGGGGCACAUCAAGGACAGCCCCGCCAUCUACACAGCCGGCAAGGUGUAUGUGUUGCUUGCGCCAGUGGUGGACUACGCCACAGGCCGCAUCAUGACGGCCAAGGACGCCCGGGACAUCGUCAAGGCCUACCGCAACGACAUGAGCAGCUACCGUAGCUACGACUUCCUGUCCCGCUCCGCUGUCAAGGCGCUGCUGGUCAACCACUCCUACAUGCGGCGCGUGUGGACCAUUCAGGAGGCGGUGGCGGCCACAAACCCCCACAUUUGGCCGUUGCUGGGGCAGGGCGAGCUAAACUCCUACCAGUCGCUGUACGUGGUGGACUGGCCCGAGUUCAACGCCUGGAACGGCCACCCGCAGCUGGGCCCCAUCUACAGCCGCCUGUUCGAUGCGGACGCGGAGGGCGAGGCGGUGCGGGACUACUACGACGGCGACUACACGGGUGCUAUACGUGUGCUGCGCGAGCACCCCACCUACGCCAUCGGGUACAUGGCCAUGAUGGCCAAAGACCUGAUGUGGAUCACCAUGGACCGCAACGGCUUCAUCAACGACAUCAAGCGCGCCGACAGCCCCGCCCGCCGCGCCUACGUGCUGCUGAACCACCAGCAGAUCCACGCGGCCCGCUCCUUCCUGCCCGAGGACCGGGUGCUGGCGCUGGUGCCGCUGGUGGACUACGGCGCAUGGAAGUCCGCCACGGCGGGAGUGCCCGGUCACCACCUGAUUCAGGCCAGUGUGGCGUGGGCGUACGGCGUCAUGGAGCAACAGAUGGCCAGCUGGAAGUGGUCGAUGCGCAUCUUCAACGGCCCCAAGUGCUCCGCCCGUGGUCUGGAGCUGCUGCAGCCGCGGCGCAACCUGGGCGACGGCACUGCCAUGCACGGAGCCAGCCCGCGCUGGGAGCAGGCGCUGCCGCCCGCCGGCUCCGCCCUGUCCCUGCCGCUGCCGCCGCCGCACCCCAUACCCAAGGUGGCCAGCUACCAGGCCGCCUCGGGCGCACUGGGGCAGGAGGCGGCGCAGGCCGCGGCAGCCGACGGCGGCGGCGGCGCGGCACUGGUGCGGUGCCUGGAGGCCGCGGCGGCGGCGGCUGGCGGCGGCGGCGGUGUGACUGGGCCCCUGGAGCUACGCGUGGAGCUGUCGGUUGUGAUGCCGCACCCUGGCGACGCCAAGUACUGGGGCGGCGGCCCCUGGACGGACGUGCGUGACGCGCUGGGCACUGACGAGGGCUUCCGACUGGCGGUGCAGUGGAGCCUGGAGCCGUGGAGGGACCCCACCAAGGAGUUCGACAUCGACCGCUGCGCCGUCUAUGUGGUCAGCGGUGGCGGCGGCGGUGAGGGCGGCGGCGGCGGCGGUCUGCGCCACCCCUGCAUGAUACUGCUGGCCAUACCCAGUGGCGAGAAGCCGCCGCGCAGCGGACAGGUGAUGACGGUGCUGGAGGUGUCGGGUGCGCUGCUGCAGUUGCUGCUGGACUGCCUGAAGCGCAAGGCCGUCAGCUCCAUCACGGAGCCGCUCCUGGCGCUCAGCGGCGGAGUGGACGCCCCCGCCGCCUCCGCCGCCGCCGCCGCGCCCACCGCGGCGCAGGCGGCGGCCGCCAAGGCCAAGUCGCAGGCGGCUGCGGCGUUCACGGCAGCGGCGGCGGCGGUGGCAAUGCAGGAACUUGCCAAGCAGAAGGAGGGGGCAGAGGAGGAGGAGGAGAGCGGCAGCAGUAGUGCGGCUGACGAGGAGCCGGAGGAGGAGCCGGAGGAGCAGCCAGCGGCAGCGGUGGAGACGGAACAGGUGAAGGAGGAGGAGACGCCGGAGAAGGAGGCGGAGGAGUCAAAGCCUGUGGAGGAGGAGGCACAGCCAGUCAAGGCUGCGGAAGAGACGGCAGAGCAGGAGCAGCCGGAAAAGCCGACACAGAAGGAGCAGGAGGAGCCAGAAAAGCCGGCACAGAAGGAGCAGGCGGGCCAGAAAAAGGACAAGGUCGACGGCGACGGUGCGGCGGCCAACGGCCUGCCCUUCACCGGCGCCCUGGAGGAGGAGGAGGGCCCCACCGCGCCCGCGGCGGCGGUGCUGUCGGACGCGCCGCUGGCGCCGCCGCCGGCCGGCACCGCCAUUCAGAAGGGCCCCGGCGGCGGCGAGGGCGCCGGCGGCGCGCUGCCGUACAGUGGUGUGGAGACGGCGGCGGGCGCCAAGCACGUGGGCAGGCCGGCGGCGCCGGUGCAGGAGGAGUCGGGCUGCUGCUGCAUCAGCUGAGGCAGGGGGGUUCAGGGGUUCAGGGGGGGGGAGGCGAGGAGCUGAGUGCGGUGGUGGAGGGUGGGCGAGGCGACGGCAGCAUUGGCGGCGCUGACCAGGGGGGGGGCUGGGAGGUGAUGAGGCGUGUGGUGGUGCUGGCGGAAUGUGUUGGUGUAGUGGGUGGGGCUGGGCGGGGUGACGCGAGAGUUUUCAUGCGUGGCGGCGUGUUGCGAACACUGGGUGGGUGGGUGGGUGGGUGGGUGCUGCCGCCGGCCCUGAGCGCCGACUGGGUCUCUCGGGCCGCCUCGUGACCGACUGGAGACAUUGUGGCAGUGUGGCAGUGUGUGGUGGGGGCGGCGUGGCGGUGCCGAGCACGGGUCGGUGGUGGGGGCGGUAGCCAAGCAGCCAAGAGGGUGCUGGGCAGCACACGAUUGGAGGAAGGGGAAAUCUCGGAGGGAGCGGCCACGUGCCCGAGCCCUUUCCGAAUAGGUGGGCGGAGGAGCGAAAUGGCUGCGAAUGGGCUUCGAAUCACUACAAUGAUAAAGUCUUUUGUGCUGCGAAAGCUCGGAAUGGCUUGUGGCUAGGCUCCGACACGGUGCAGCUGGGGCGUGAGGCACCCAGGAGAGUGGUCCCCUGGUGGCACCGCGGGCGCUGGGGGCGACGAGGCGCCCCCGCACCCGUCUGUGCGCAUUGUGGCUGCCUGCAUUGUUGCCUGGUGCGGCACCCGUGUGUGACGGGAAGAGGAGAGAAGCGCGCAGGGCAGAGUGCCGUAUGUGUU